UUAACGGUUACUGCGUCCGCAAAAUGACGUCAAACUUAGAGCUUUUCUCUAAUUAAAAUUAAUUAAGGAUUAAGUGACGCGCGCACAGGUGACGAUCAGUCGUUGUGGCCACUGUAGUCGCCUCAAUUUAAAAAUAAAAUAAUUUGAAUGUAAUCAGAACUGCCGUCUUUUGUUUAUUUUUUUUUUACCCUCUUAAAAUAAGUAAAUUAACAAACAAUGUAUGUUUGAAUGUGUGGCCAAUAAAGCAAGUUUCUUACGUCAUUAAUAAGCAUGGGUAAGCGUAUCUUAUCUGCAGUAUAUGCCCCAAAGCUUUUAUCGCAACGGAGAAUCAAUUGCUCUGGAAGAGUGAUUGGGAACAAUGUACAUAUAUAAAUCAGUGUACGUGAUUAUUCGGUCAGUUAAUGCCGGAAUAACGCUUAAGAGCAGUGGGUGUACUCAAGCAGCCAGCAAAGGAAGCAGACUUAUGGGAAUUUUGACUUCGUUGAGACUUUAAAGUGAUAUUAAAUAUUAUAAUAAUUUAAAUAACCGAAUCCAAGCAAUGUCAUCGAAAUUGAUUUUAUAUGGCACGAAAAAGAGCGCACCGACACGUACCGUCUUGCUCACGCUUAAAGCACUCGAUUUAGACUUUGAAUUUCGUGAGGUGAACAUCUGGGCCAAAGAACAAAUGCAGCCGGAAUUUGUAGAAAAGAAUCCCCAGCACACAGUACCCACGCUUGAGGAUGGCGCACACAUACUUGUGGACUCACAUGCCAUUGCCGGUUAUCUGGUACGCAAGUACGGCAAGGAUGACACACUCUAUCCAUCAGAUUUCUAUGCGCGCGCCGUAGUGGAUCAUCGUUUAUACUACGAAGCAGCGACAUUGUUUGCCACUUGCAUGAAGCAAAUCACCGGUCCACUCUUCCAACAGAAUAUCACCGAUAUACCAAAAGAGAAGUUCGAGCAAAUACGUAAUGCCUACACUUUGCUGGAAACAUUUCUCACCAAAAGCGCCUAUAUGGCUGGUGAGCAUUUGACCAUCGCCGAUUUCAGCAUCGUUUCGACGGUCAGCGUCUUAAGUGCUACAUUUGUUGCUGUCGAUAGUAACAAGUGGCCGAAGUUGGCGGAGUGGCUGAAGCGUUUGGAAGCGCUUCCUUACUAUGCGGAAAUCUCGGACGCUGCUUUGAAGGAAUACGCAGAACUGGUGCACAGCAAACUGCCGAAGCAAUAUGAAAAGUUGUGGAAGAAGGCGUAUGAAGAAAUCAAAAGUAGUAGACAGUGAGUGAGCGCGAGUGAUUUCAAUUUGAGCGUAGUUCUGGCGAUACGUCGUCAGUACAAAUUUGUUGUUUUAUAUUCAUUUGUUGUUUAUUGCUUGUUUCAAAAUGUAAAUGUUUAUUUAUAAGCGAAUGUUUAUACUGAUUGAAUAAAAAUAAAUUAUGCAGUUUGUCAUAAGAAA